AUGGCCAAUCUACUUCCCUAUUCUUACACAGCAAUGUCCCACAUUACUUCUACAAAUCCUCAGUCCUCGAACUGCCCUGCUGUCACUACAAAUGUCACCCAUAAGCAGCGGCCAAGGCUCCAACUCAUGUUUCCAAACGACUACACACUCCCAACCGCGAUAUCUGGAGACCAACCUUGUGGCAUAGCCAUUCUAUAG